CUUCCGCUAACCCAUCCUAGCUAGCAGCAGGGCGGCUAAACCACAACACAAACAAUGGGCAAGAAGCACAAAAAACACAAGUCCGACAAACAUGGAUAUGAAGAUUACGGAGACCGGCCGCUGAAGCUGGUGUUAAAAGUGUCCGGGAACGAAGUGACGACAGGAAGCUCCAGUUUAGACACUUUUUACGAGGACCAGCUGGCAGACGGAGACAAAACCAAGGAGAAAAAGAAGAAAAAGAAAAAGGACAAAGAAAGAAGCUUCUCAUCACCAGGGGAAGAAAGAGGGAAGAAGAAGAUGACGAAGAAGAAAAAAGGGCAAGUAGCAGAGGGAGAAAACGACAGAGAUCCCUGCAGGACCCCUAUACGUUCAGAGCUGGAUAAACUAGAAGCUGAAAAAGAGCAGAGCCCUCUGCAGGAAGCUUUGAAUCAGCUCAUUAGGCAGCUUCAAAGGAAAGACCCCAACGCGUUCUUCACGUUUCCAGUGACAGACCUCAUUGCACCUGGUUAUUCUUCAAUCAUCAGACGCCCUAUGGACUUCAGUUCAAUGAAGGAGAAAGUAAAGAAAGAAUGCUACCAGUCUUUGGAUGAACUCAAGAUGGAUUUUAGGAUCAUGUGUCAGAAUGCCAUGAUUUACAACAAACCUGAAACGAUCUACCACAAAGCAGCUAGAAAACUUUUACAUUCUGGGUUGAAGAUCCUGAGCCAGGAGCGGCUGGACAGCCUGAAGCAGAGCAUAGAUUUCAUGUCGGGCCUCGAUCCUUCCACCAGACAGCCUCUGAAGUCAGAGGAACAAGUGGCCGGCAGCCUGGACCAGAACAAGGAGGGAGCAGCGAGCUCGGGGAGCAGCGAGCGCUCGCAGACACCCAGCACGCCCAGACAGGACAAAGACAUCAAGGACGAAGCAGCAAAGGCUGAGAAAGAGCUAGAGGAAAUCCGCAAGGUCAUCGUGGACUCUGGAGGAAAGCUGUCUAACAGAGUGCUGCAGUGUGAUUUGGAGUUUGUGAGGCAGAAGUCUGAUGGCUCCACCACUCUGGCUAUCCUCAACCCAGCUGAUCCCUCACCGGGGGAUGUGGGCUACUGUCCGGUGAAGCUGGGCAUGAUGUCCAACCGGCUGCAGAACGGUGUGAACGCUCUGCAGAACUUCAGGGAGGACAAGAGGAACAGGAUGACUCCAGUGUCCUAUUUAAACUACGGGCCGUUCACGUCCUACGCGCCCACCUUCGACUCGAGUUUCGCCAACAUCAGCAAGGAGAACUCUGACCUCAUCUUCUCCGUCUACGGAGAGGAGUCCAGUCUGCAGGGGUCAGACAGCUUGUCUGACUUCCUGGCCAAAUCAGAUGAGUACGUGUACAAGCUGGCAGACAAUCUUCUGGACGCUAUGACCAACGGAGAGCAUUCAAGAGCCCUGAAGGAGGCUGAGCUGCAGCCAGAGGAGACCACAAACACACAGGAGGACAAGRGUGACCUGGAGGUACCGGAGCCCGACUCGUCCACCAAGCUGGACUUCCUGCGCUCUGCUGCGGGCCUGGAGACGGAGGAGGAGCUCUCUGGGGAGGCGCUCCACUUCCAGCAGAAACUGGACGAGACUACAAAGCUGCUGCGCGACUUGCAGGAAGCUCAGAGGGAGCGUCUGAGUGCCAAGCAGCCUCCUAACAUGAUCUGCCUUCUGGCUCCCACUGCCAAGGAGCUGGAGCUGGCUGAGAAGGUGACAGGAAACCUGACCCAGCUGACUGGUCAAGUGGCCCCACGUGACGUCAGCAGCAUCCACAGCAUCAGGAAGGCUAUGGGUGUUGCUGUCCCUCCAGAGGAGUUACCGGAGCCCCUCAUAGACCUCACUACAGUGAUGGAGACGAGUGAAUCGAUGGAGAUUUUACCAACCUGCUCAGAUGUUCCACUGGUCACUGUGAAAUAAUCUUCAACCAUCCACAUUCAAUGUAAUAACUUAAAUUUUGUAAAAAAAGUGUUUUUUGUGUUAAUCAAUAAACUUUUUUUUUUUAAUAAAAC